AUGGAGUCGAUAAUCAACCGUGGUCUGUCCAACUUCCCGGAGAAGAAUUCUAUACUGUCGUCGCGGCAAUUCGGCUUCCGCGCUGGGCUUGACACAUCAGAUCUUCUGAUCGCAUUCCAGCAUGCGUGGUACCAGAUAGCUGCCCAGGGAGGCCUUGUCAGGGUGCUCGCAGUGGACAUCGCUGGGGCGUUUGACAAGGUCUCACACCCAGGAGUCCUUCACAAGGCAGACCAAUACGGUGUCAAAGGGUCCCUGCUCUGUUGGCUGCAGAGCUAUCUCACUAGCCCCAAGAUCAAGGUUGUCGUAGGUGGCCAGGCCUCUACUCCCCGUGACAUCACGGGUGCCACAGGGCAGCAUCCUCGCCCCAACGCUCUUCCUGAUCUACAUCUACGACGCUGA